CAGAAGCAGAAGGGGAAGUCAGACGACCUCAGAGCAGUCGGUUUCUGCCUUGAGGGCUGUGCUGCCGCUGUUCAUGUCGACUGUCCAGAGUCCAUGAACUAGCCAGGCCUCUAGGUCCGGACGGCACAGUGAACAGCAAGCCUCCUCUCCCCUUCUUCUUCAAGGUUGAGAAGUCAUGGCUUACCACAGCUUCCUGCUCGAGCCGAUCAGCUGCCACGCCUGGAACAAGGACAGAACUCAACUGGCUAUCUGCCCCAACAACCACGAAGUUCAUAUCUUCAAGAAAGAUGGGACGAAAUGGAGCAAGGUCCAUGAGCUGAAGGAACACAAUGGGCAGGUGACAGGCAUUGAUUGGGCUCCGGAGAGCAACCGCCUUGUGACCUGUGGCACAGACCGCAACGCCUAUGUCUGGACCCUGAAGGGCAAUGUCUGGAAGCCAACCCUGGUCAUCCUGCGGAUCAACCGUGCCGCGCGCUGUGUGAAGUGGUCCCCAAAGGAGAACAAGUUUGCGGUGGGCAGUGGCUCCAGACUCAUCUCCAUCUGCUACUUUGAGCAAGAAAAUGACUGGUGGGUUUGUAAGCAUAUAAAGAAGCCCAUUAGAUCAACCGUUCUCAGCCUGGACUGGCAUCCCAACAACGUCCUGCUGGCGGCCGGAUCCUGCGAUUUCAAAUGCAGGAUCUUCUCUGCCUACAUCAAAGAGGUCGAGGAGCGCCCAUUACCCACUCCCUGGGGCUCCAAGAUGCCCUUUGGGGAGCUCAUGUUUGAGUCCAGCAGCAGCUGUGGCUGGGUCCACAAUGUCUGCUUCUCCGACAGUGGCAACCACGUAGCAUGGGUGGGACACGACAGCACCGUCUUCCUCGCUGAUGCCAACAAGAAAAUGGCUGUAGCUUCACUUUCCAUUGAGAUGCUCCCCCUCCUGGCCAUCACCUUCAUCACUGAGAACAGCCUGGUGGCUGCGGGCCAUGACUGCUGCCCCCUGCUGUUCACUUACGAUGGACAGCAAGGCACCUUGAGCUUUGGAGGGAAGCUGGAUAUCCCCAAGCAGAGCUCCCAGCGUGGACUGACAGCUCGUGAGCGUUUCCAGAACCUGGAUAAGAAGGCCAGCUCCGACACCAAUGGCAGCACCCUGGACACUGUGCACAAAAACAGCAUCAGCCAGAUAUCUGUGAUCUCUGGUGGGAAAGGCAAUUGCUCCAAAUUCUGCACUACUGGGAUGGAUGGGGGAAUGAGCAUCUGGGACGUCAAGAGUCUGGAGUCCGCCAUGAAGGGCCUGCGCAUCAAGUGAAAACUGCUUUGGAAAGGGCUGCUCUACCCAAGCUUCUUGCCUGCCGGCUGUUUGCUUCCUUCUUCCGCUUCCUUCCCGGCAUUCAGCGAAUUACCUGCCAAGGCAAAUCAUGGCAGCAACAAGCUUUCCUUGCUACUCCUCGGCUGAUUCUGUGCGAGAGGAUCAUAUUAGCCAAGCUCAAUAAAAAAGAAAUGCUGGUCAUAAAUUA